AUGGCCUCUCAUCCCGAACUCAAAUCAAGAGGAAAAUUGAUGCCACCUCCACUCGUUCUAUGUGGUCUACCUCGCACUGGUACAACACUUCUCUAUAACUUAAUGGCUUGUGAUCCAGCAUGUCGAGCACCUCUCUACAUAGAAAUGAUUCAACCUGUGCCACCACUUGCACGCUCAGAUACUACUGGACAGAUGCAACGUGAUAUUACUGUACAGAAAUAUCGCGAAACGUUGAAUGCUUGUGGCUGGGCUGAGUAUCAACAAGAUAUGCGAGCUUGUCAUCCGCAAUUUGUACAUGAAGAAGAUCUUCUUAUUCUUUAUCAAGCAGGGUGAAAUCAUUAG